ACCUGCACACUAUACACACGUUCUUUUGCCCUUUGAAAAGGAGCCGGUAGGACGCCAAUACGUCCCACAGGAAGUGGUACACUUCGGCGUUUCCAUAGCUACGCGUAAACAACAACCAGAAACAGGUACAAAUGUGUUUGACCGCACCGGGUACCCGACUUUCCAUCGUGAGACGAGACUCGUGCUGUUCGUGCUGCUCAGUCAACUUGAGUCAGUCAAUCUUUCGCAGGCAGAAAAUGGAUCCUGGUAUUGUGUGUUUUCAACAUUGUGGACCAAAAAUAUUUUGCUUCUCGUUACCUGAUAAUUGCCCAGUUUGUAGGUCUGAUUUAACCAAAGCUGAUUUUUCUUUAUUACCAUUUCGAGUACCUUAUCCUUUUGUUAGAGCAUCUCAACAUGCUUGUUCUGUUGUGAUAAAACCAACAUCAGGAGAUUUUUUGAAUGAUUAUUACAACUCAAUGGAUCUUCAUAUUGGUGUAACAACCUCAUCUGGUACUAUCGUAGAAUUUGAUAAAAACGGGCUUAGAAGGCAUAGAAGUACCCAUUGGGGGCAAUGUCUUUUACUGGGACAAGCGAGUACACCUUGGAUGGAACAUUGGGAUAACACCCUCCUACAAAUUUGUAAACAAAAAUGUUGGUUGGCGAGGAAUUACAGCGAAGAUAGACAUAAUUGUUACAGUUUCGUGCUUACAUUUCUACAAUCUUUAGAUUAUGGAAAUCUUAGUAAAGCCGCUUCGAGUAGAACAACUUUUUGCGAAAAGUUUAUCGUACCAAGAACAACAUCCGCUGGAAAAUAUAUAUCUUUGUAUCGAAAAUUAAAAGAUCAAGGGUUUUAUGUCCACAGACCAGUAAAAUUAGUUAAUGAGAAACAAAAAUAGAUCUUUUUAUGUAAUAUAAAAUAUUUUAGAUAAUUGUUCUUAUUUUAUGUAAAUAAUUAUUAAUUAAAUAAAGAUUUA